AUGUCAGUUACACAUGUCUUCAAAGUCGUAGACGGUCUCUCACUAGAGAUCGACGUCCUCUCCCCUCCAACCAAAGAAGAAAACAGCCCCGUCCUCCUCCACUUCCACGGAGGCUUCCUAGUACUGGGUGAAAAAACCACCUUCCCACCGCACUGGCUAAUAAACGCCUGCCAAAAGCGAGGCUGGACAUACGCAACAGCCUCCUACCGCCUCCUGCCAGAAUCCCCAGGCAUCGAGAUCCUACAAGACGCAACAGACGCCGUGAACUGGGUCUAUGCGAACAUCAGCAAGCGGGUGAUAAUCGCCGGGUCCAGCGCGGGCGGGUAUCUCGCUCUCGCUGCUGCCGCGCAUCCGGCUACCCCGAGACCGCUCGCCGUGCUUUCUAUUUACGGCAUGUUAGAUCCAGCAAGUGAGCGCUAUAUCCGCCCGGGUCAGCCGCUGGGUGGUCCUGUCGCUGAUGAAGCGAAAGCUUUGGAGGAGAUUGAGGUUGCGAUGCGGAAUGAUGCUAUUGAUGGGUAUCCGUUCCCCGUGAGCCCACCUGCUGAUCUUCGCUUUGGGUGGAUUAGGGCUUUGCAUCAGGCAGCCCGGUAUGCGGAUGUGCUUGCGAGAAAGCCGGGGUUGGCGGGGAGGAUUGCUGAUGAGGGGGUUGGGGCUGUUUCGGUGGAGGAUCGGGUGCUCUUCCCGGUUAGCUUUGGGCUGAAGGAGGGGUUUCCGCCUACUGUUCUUUUGCAUGGGGAUGCGGAUGAGUUGGUUGGAUUUGAGCAGAGUGUUGCUGUGGCUGGGGCUUUAGAGAGGGUUGGGGUGGACGUCUCGCUGGAGCGUGCGGAGGGACAGGGACAUGGGUUUGAGGCGAAGGAGGUUAUUGAUUUGGAUGGGGAUGAGGUAUUGGGAGACAAGGCUGUGGCUGAUACACUUAGACGUGUUAUUGCUCAUCUUGAAAGACAUGUUUAA